UUGUAUAUUUAGUGUUGUUUCUCGGCAUAAAUGGAUUGUUCACAAACCUCCAGUACACAUGUUAGUUGUCUUGGAAUUCUCUCACUUUUACAUUUUGACAGUAAGACUAGUUCAGGUUGUUUAACCGCGCGCAAUGUCAGUACAGAGUGCCUUUCUCUUAACUAUUAAUUAAAAUAUAGUAUUGUUGAUAGUGUGACUGAGCAAAGUUUGAGCACAUGCACCGUUCUUCUUGUUGGUGCAUAUUAUCAAGAAAUUACACUAUGGCAACUCUAAUGAAUGGCUCACAGUAUGCCGACUUAUCUGAGCAAAAGUUAAGAAAUUGGAGUUUGCCUUCAACAACAGCAAAUGGUAAUGUUUCACCAAUGAUGGUUAGGAAAACAGCAGUUCUUGGACUGGGAACCAUGGGUAGGGGAAUUGCAAUCUCUUUACUAAAAGCAGGAAAAAUUGUUUAUGUGUUUGAAAUGAACAAAACUUCAUUGGAUUCUGGUGUGAAUGCAUUGUAUGACAUUCUUCAUCGAUUGGUGCAAAGAAAGUUGAUGACGCAGCAAAAUAUGCAGCAAUUAAAAGCUGCUAUUAUACCGAGUCACAACUACAAUGAUUUACAUGAUGUAGAUUUGGUGAUUGAAGCUGUGUUUGAAGAUAAGCAAUUGAAGAAAACCAUCUUCAAGAAAUUAGACGAAGUUUGUAAACCUUCAGCAAUAUUAGCAACCAACACAAGUUCUUUAAACAUUGAUGAAAUUGCUUCAGUAACCAAAAGACCUGACAAGGUAAUUGGAAUGCAUUUUUUUGCUCCAGCUCAUUUAAUGCGACUUCUUGAAAAUGUCCGAGGUUCUAAUUCUUCCCCACAAACCAUUGUUACUGCUAUGGAUCUUGGAAAACAAAUGAAUAAAGUCACAGUACUUGUUGGGAACUGUAAAGGUUUUGUUGGAAAUCGAAUGUACUUUUAUUACAUUAUUGAGUCGGAUUUUCUUCUUGAGGAAGGUGCUUAUCCCCAUGAGGUUGACAAGGCAUUAACAGAUUAUGGUUUCACAAUGGGAAGAUACCAAGUUGGGGAUUUAUCGGGUAACGAUGUUCAUUAUAGAGUUCGUGAGAUGCAAGGAAUGCUGCAGAAACAACAACCAACCAGUGCACCUGAACGUUACAGAAAUGGGGUCCGGUAUUGUCCUUUGGCGGACAUGUUGGUUGAAGCUGGCAGACAUGGCCAGAAAACAGAUGGUAAAGGAUGGUAUCAAUACAUUGCAGGGUCAAGAAUGCCAAGAAUUGACCCACAAGUUAUAAAGAUGAUUGAUGAUCAUAGAACAAAACAUAACAUAAAACCAAGGAAAAUAUCAGAAAAGGAGAUAAUAGAAAGGCUUCUGUACCCCAUGAUAAAUGAAGGUUUUAAAAUACUUGAAGAUGGAAUUGCUGAUAAUCCAUGGGACAUAGACAUGGUGUGGUUGCAUGGUUACGCUUGGCCCAGGAACACAGGCGGGCCCAUGUUUUAUGCAAAUACUGUUGGUUUGCCCCAAGUAUUGAAGGUGAUUGAAGAAAGAUGGAAGUUGGCUGGUGCAAGUGAACCACACUGGAAGCCAAGUAAGAUGCUCACAUGGUUGAUUAAACAUCAUGGUAAUCCUGAUAUUAAUGAUUGGAUCAAACUAUACAAGGAAAGGAAUGCAAGAAAAAGAAGCAAUCUUUGAACUAGAUAAUCAGAACUGUUUUAUCUAUGCAAACUAAUUUUUAUUUUUGCUAAUUUACUUCCUUUUUAAUAUUUAUUAUAAUUGUGUCAAUAAAACAUUGUUAAAAUUGUUUUUGAGAGUUUAGUGCGAAUAAAUACAUUCAUAAUAUCAUAA